AUGCAUAUUCCAAUUAGCUGGGCAUCACAAUGCCUCUUGUUGUCGACGACUGUCUUCGCUGGACUCACUUCGGCCUAUCGCCCAGUACAAUUCGUCAAGCACACGGGCGAGGCCGGCAGAGCAGAUCAGGCGUUCUCACUGACACAACAUUACAAUGAGUCCACCUCAGAAAAUGAUCUCUGGGUACGAAUGGAGGCUUUCCGAUACAAGGGUAACGCGAGAGGAUGGGCUUCGCUUGGUCUAGGUCCCUGGAUGCAAGGCUCACUAAUGUUCAUCCUAUAUGGCGACCCAAGUUCGCCUGACUCGAGCUUGACGACCUCAGUCCGUGCUGCUCGAGGACAUUAUCCACCAACUGCUCUUUCUGCGAUGGACUCGGCUCCGCCAUUCGUGCCAGAUGUCGAGAUCAUGAAAUCUGUGUUUGAGGAGUACAACGGCGGCUUUGACCACUCGGACAUGGGCAAGCCGUCCCACGUCGCCAUAUCGGAAUUCGUUGUGCGAGGCUACGACAAGUGGCAUGGUGUCAACAUCACUGCGGACUCGCCAUCUCAGCCCUUCAUCUGGAGCAGCAACUUCAAGCAGGAUUUUCAAGGUGACUUCAGCGAAACCCGAGCCAUCGACAUGCAUAUGUUUGGCCUGGGCUUCGGCUUCUUAUUCGUCGAUCUGAAGAAUGCGUUCGUGCCCAGUCCUUUCUUCGGCGAGAUUCGCGAUACCGAAGGCCACUACGGGAUCAAUGAGAUCGACAAUCCUGAUCCGCCAACGGAUGAGGAACUCGCUAGCGGAGAGGCAUACAUCUCGCUUCUUGGUGGCGGUGCGGCCAACAUUCCAGGCACCCCAGCAGCCGACUCUUCCGCAGCGACUGGGACCCUUGAAUCUGAAGGCAAGGACCAUCCAGCCUCUACCUCAGAAGACGACCACAACCACGAUGAAGGUGCACCAGUCUACGCUUCUCAGCCAUUCAACGUUCGCAACUUCCUGUGGCAUAUCCACGGAGUAUUGAUGAUUGUCGCGUUCCUGUUCCUUUUCCCGCUGGGCACCUACUUCAUCCGAUCAGGCCGGACAACGUCCUUCAACUAUCACUGGACACUUCAAGCAUUGGGCUUUGCUUCUGUCGCCAUCUCUGCUAUCAUCGGAUACAUCAACAGCCACAGUAUCAGCAUCACGCAUCAAUUCGUGGGCAUUGCUAUCGUCGCCGCAUUGGGGAUUCAGGUUGUCCUAGGCUGGCGACACCACGUCUUCUUCGUCAAGACCGAGAUGCGCCGCAAGAAUUGGCUCAGUCCGGCACACAUGUGGCUUGGGCGCAUCGUGUUCCCUAUUGGCUUCGUGAACAUCUUCACCGGCAUGCAACUGCGCGGUUACGGUUGGUUCACUAUCUUCCUGGUUCUCGUCGUCAUGGUGGUUGAGGUCGUGAUCCUGGUGUGGUUUAUCCGAGGAGCGAACAUCAGGAACGCGAGAUUGGAUGUACGGGGCGGAAAGGCAGUGGGAGGAGAUCCGGCGUUGGCGGCUGCGGAAGAGGAGUAUUUCCAGUUGGCAGGCGAUGACGAUGACUUCAGUGACAGCGAUGGAGAGGCGGAGGGUGCGGCAAACAAGGACAAAGAUGAUGCGAGGAGGGAGCAGAAUAAGAGGUUGGCGGCAUUGGACAAGGUCUAG